UGGUAAAAACCCAAUAAACACCCAUAAACUCCCAUAAUCACCCAAAAAAAUAGGUUUUUACGUAUUUUUUUGAAAAUAUGUAAGUAAUACCAAUAAAUUAUUUUUAUAAAUUGUAUUGAUCAAUUCUACAAUAUUAAAUAAAACGUUAACUAAUAAUAUUUCAGGAAAUUUUAAAAAUCUAUAUAUAAUAAAAUGAAAGUAAUUAAUUUUCAGUGUUUUCAUGUUGCAGUUGAUCAACAUGUUGGCCUUUUGCUUCCCGUAGAUACUUUAAAAUUUCUUCAUAACACCUCGUUCGCACACAUGGCCGUAUAUAUUUAAAUUCUUGAGCCACUAACAGUCCGAAAUACUCAUUUCUUUUAUCCUCUUCUCCAUAAAUUAAGCAUUUAGAACAGUUUGUUUCUUCUUUCAGUAAAUUUUCUUUUACUUUAUCCUCGUUUUUUUCUUUGUUGCGACGACGCUGGGUAAAUCAUCUGGACACUGGGUCUCACUAUCGCCAAAUAUAUUUGGAGAUCGGCUUCGGCUACGGCUUGGCAGACAUUUUUUUCUUUCUACAAUUUUAAAUUAAAUUUAUUAGAAUAAAUGCUUCGAACACACGCGAUCUAAGUACCUUUUGUGUUUAUUAUACCUUACCUACCUAGGUAUAAAAAGAGUACUUACGUAGAUUUUCUUUUAUUAACUGUUUUAUACGAAGAUCUUGAUCUCUCAAAUUAGCAUCCAUUUUACUUCCAGUGAUUAUCAACUAAAUUAAUAAUCCACAAAGUAUUAAAUAACGUUUUUAUGAAAUAUUUAGCACAAAAACAAUACCCUUUAAAUAUCGAUCGUCAGUAACUGUGGCUGACUUACCUAUAUUCUAGCAAGCAGGACUGCCAGAUGUGAAGGGGAAAUCCCCAAUAAAUUGUUGCAUGUGACUGAUGAUGUGAGCAUGUUCGUUUCAUAAUAAAAAUGUUGCCAGGUAACCAAAAAGUCGUAUGUUUUUGUGCGAAUUACGAUCAUAAUCUUUACGAUCGUACAUUAAAAAAUAGACAAAUAAUAGUAUGAGUACGAUUUAAAUCGUAUAUCUGUCAACCCUGCUAGCAAGACAGCGACAAAAUCACGUUGCAUAACAAUGUAGCCCAAGCUUAUAUCUUAUGAAAUAUACGGAAGAGAUACGGACUUAGAAAAAACAGAAAUGUUGUUCUUUGUGGAAGUCAUUGAUGAAAUUCUAUGUAUUUUAGCCCGCAAACUUUCUUCAAACAAAAACAGCGCCAUCUAGUAUCGAGUUCUGUAAUUAUCUCUUUGUUUAUGGAUUUGAAGUAAGACCGCCACGCAUGCAAUACAUUAUGACUGGGGAUUCCCCUAUUCGUCGACGCUGAAUAUGAGGCGACGACAAUCACUGUCAAACGUGUUCACUAUUACUCUGACUCUGGUAACGUGACUUCCUGGUAACGUGUUAGGUAGGAAAAGCAGUAAAAAAGUGCAUAUUAAGGGAGCAGAUUUGAAAUAAUAUUUAUACUUAACAAGAAAUAAUUAAAGGUUCAAUGGGGAGACCUAAAGAUUUACGCAUAUGGGAGCACUACCGUACUUUACCAAACAAGUCUGUUUCUUGCAAGCUUUGUAAUAAGGUCUACAAAUUCAGUAAUGCUGCCAAAAUGCUUCAACAUCUUAUCACUUGUCCAAAAUCUCCAGAAACAUUAAAAGACUCUAUGAAACUUAUAAAAGAUAGCUCGUCCAAAACCAAAAUGUCUGGACUGUCAGAGAUAGAGACAAAUGAUUCUUUUAUAAGCCCCUCGUCGUCUGCUAACACUACAAUAAAUGCUGAGUUUCAAGACACCGAUGAUCAUAUAAAAACAGAAUUAGCGAGAGCUAUAUUUGUAACAGGGACGCCAUUAUCGAUGGUGCAACAUCCUUUAUGGAUACAAUUUUUCGAAAAAUUGCAACCAAAAUUUAAAAUACCUUCACGUAAAGCUUUAGCGACAAAAUACUUAGAUAAAAUAUAUAGAGAAAUGCGUUUUGAGUUAAAUGAGGAACUAAAUGCUUGUAGUUACUUACACCUUCAGUGCGAUGGCUGGUCUAAUUUAAGAAAUGAAGGAAUAAUAAACUUUCUUAUAUCAAAACCUCAACCUGCAUACGUUAAAAGUUUGAAUACAGAAAGUAAUCCUCACACUAGUGAAUACCUUAGCCAAGAAGUUGAAAAAGUAAUGAAAGUGUAUGGAGCAAAUAAGUUUCUUGUACUUAUUGGCGAUAACGCUAGAAAUAUACAAAAGGCAUUCGAAUUAACAAAACUCAAAUAUCCACAUGUUGUUCCUCUCGGUUGCUGUGCACAUAUCCUUAACUUGUUGUGCCAAGAUAUUGUAAAGAUACAAGAAGUAACUGUGUUUAUUAUGCAAGCCAUAAAUAUAAUAAAAACUGUUAAAAGGAGUCAACGAUUAAGUUCCUUGUUGAUAAAAUCAAGGCAGGGUGAAGAUUCUACACAAACACUAAAAUUGCCUUGUGCUACAAGAUGGGGAAGUCAUGUUACUUCGUUAAAAAGUUUGAAAGCAAAUAAGAUAGCUUUGCAAAUAUUAACAGUUAGAGAAGAUGUGGUAAUUUCAAGAGAUAUUAAAGAUUUAAUUCUAAGUGAUGAUUUCUGGACGAAGACAGGGGAAUGUAUAAGUAUUUUGGAACCAGUCACUGAAAGCAUAUUUUACUUAGAGAGCGACCAGAAUCGUUUGCAUCGCACAUACAUUACAUUUAGAGAUGUACAAGCUAAGAUACGUUUUGCAUUAAAUGAGAUUUCGACAUUGAGCGAAGAAAGCAAACAGCAGAUUCUAACAUCAGUAUCUUCAAGAUGCAAUAUGGCAAUGAGGCCAAUACAUUUUGCAGCAUAUAUUCUAGACCCCAGGACUCUAGGAGUCGAACUUACUCAAGAGGAAGAACUUAAGGGUAUGGAGUUUAUCUACAAUUUAAGCCAACACUUAAGUUUGUCAAAUGUAAUGGCAGAUUUGGCGUGUUAUAAAGCUAAAGAAAACUUUUGGGCCAGAGGAUUUGUAUGGAGCUCAUUAGAUAGCAUUGAGCCCCUAAUAUGGUGGAAAGGUAUUUGUGGUUCCACUGAGUUAAGCAAAGUAGCGAUUCGUAUUCUAUCAGCUCCCUGUACUUCGGCAGCCACUGAGCGUUCCUUUAGUAUCCAAGGCUACAUACAUAAUAACAAAAGAAAUCGACUUACAACUGAAAGAACUGAAAAAAUUUCAUUCAUUUGUUAUAACUGGAAGCUUUCAUUGAGCAAGUAAAUGAACAUAACAGUUUAGACGAAAUAGAGCCUAUCGAACCUAUACAAUUCAUCGCUUGUAAUAACUCUGAAUCUGACAGUGAUUGACUGUAGUUUUACAUUUUACUUUCAUCUCUUUCUUAAUAAACUCAAAAUCAAAUUAAAAGUUUUUUAUUCUGUAGGCUGCAUAAUAAUAUUGUCUAUGUCCAGUAUAGUGGACGUCUUGCGGCUGAGAUGACGAUGAUGAAGUACAAAAUCAUAAACACCCAAAAAUUUGGGUGUUUAUGGGGUUUAAACCCAAUAAACCCAAAACACCCGGUUUUUACCCACCAGACUUUAAACCCACCCAGGUGGAUUGCCCAUC